CAGCCUUGCCUCCUGAAUGGCUGACCAUCCUUGACAACCUGCACAUUCAUAUUCCUAGACCAUGGCGGCCUAUACAUGGCCAACUUGAUGCAAUCUUCCAGUCGCAUACAUGCUCUGGGCCCCUACGCCCGCGCAAUGCGCGCGUGGCUACAUUAGAACUUCGCAAAAAUGCAGGUUACGCCAACCAUAUGCCUUGCGGGCGACCGCCAUCCUACGACGACACUAUGCCAGCGACAUUGCUCCUUCCAACACCACUUCUCAGACCGAUCGCAAGGACGGCCUUGCGCAAUCGGCAACGUCCAGAUAUAAUGACAUUGGUGUACAACAGCUGAGCGACUACAUCCACCCUCAAAUCUUCCCUGCAGGCGCCACGCGACCACGAACGGAUCUCGUUGAAUUGUCCAAAGACCAUCUUCGACGUCAUGAGCUAUUGGGAAAGAACCAAGACAACACUUCCGCCAUUGGUUUUGACACUCCGCCAAUCCAUGGCACCAGCUUGGACGAACACUUCACGAGGUUGGGCAUGUAUGCCGCGGAACCCUACCUUUCCUAUGGCAAAGCCUUUGUACGCGCAAACACCCCUCAAAGGCCUCGAAAAUGGGUCAUCAGAAGCGGGUGGACAAAGUACAACUCCGACAUGACGACGGAAGAGGUGGGCGCGCCUGAUGAGACCAUGUUGUCAUUCGAUGUUGAGACCUUGUGGAGGGAAUCACCAUUUGCCGUCAUGGCUACAGCUGCAAGUCCUGAUGCUUGGUACGCCUGGAUUUCACCCUAUCUGCUUGGCGAGACAGACAAUCCGAGACAACUUGUUCCCUUGGGUGACCCCACGAAGCCUCGAAUCGUGAUAGGACAUAACGUGGGAUAUGACCGAGCACGGGUGAAAGAGGAGUACGAUCUUCAGCAAUCAAAAAACUUUUUCAUCGAUACCAUGUCUCUGCACGUCGCGGUCAAUGGUAUGUGCUCAAGGCAAAGACCGACUUGGAUGAAGCAUCAGAAGAACAGGGCCUUGAGAGACAAGAUGGCGGGCGAUCACAAUUCGCUUGAACUGGAACGGAUGCUUGAAAGUAAGAUGCUGAGCGAGGAAGAGGAGGAACUGUGGGUCGGCCGAAGCUCCAUCAACUCACUGCGCGAUGUUGCAAAGUUCCACUGCGGUGUAACUAUCGACAAGAGCCAGCGAGACUAUUUUGGUGAACUCGAUCGGGAUGGCAUUCGGGAAAGGAUCGAAGAACUGCUUGAUUACUGUGCUGCAGAUGUGUCCAUCACUCAUCGCGUCUUCCAAAAAGUCUUUCCAAACUUCCUGGAGACUUGCCCCCACCCAGUCAGCUUCGGCGCUCUACGGCAUCUUUCGUCCGUCAUCUUACCAGUUGACAAAUCUUGGGAUGAGUAUCUCGAAAGAGCGGAGAACACGUUUCAGCAAAGGUUGAAAGAUGUCGAGGAAAGACUUCUACGACUGUCCGAGGAAGCGCUGGCGGUCAAGGGCCAGCCAGAUGUGUAUAACAAUGAUCCCUGGCUCAGCCAGCUGGACUGGGCUGGUCAAGAGAUCAGAUACAAAAAGGCCAAGAAGAAGGGCGAGGAGCCUGUGCCGGUUGCCCGACAGAAAAUGCCAGGAGCGCCGAAUUGGUACAGAGACUUAUUCAUGUCGAGUACAUCACCCAUUAGUUUGACUGUGCGGACACGAAUUGCCCCGCUCUUGCUGAAGCUCUCCUGGGAUGGAUAUCCGUUGGUUUGGUCCGACAAACAUGGAUGGACAUUUCGUGUACCGAACAAGGAGGCUGCGAAGUAUGAACACAGCAACGUGGUCAGCUGCGACAUGGACGAAGAGACAAAUGAGACUCUCAAGUUGGAUACUAAGCACAUCUAUUUCAAAUUACCGCACAAGGAUGGUCCGACUGCUCGCUGUGCUACACCUCUCGCGAAGGGGUUUUUGCAGUACUUCGAAGCAGGGACCUUGUCUUCACAGUUCGCCCUUGCAAAGGAGGCUUUGGAGAUGAACGCUUCAUGCUCAUACUGGAUCUCCGCCCGAGAUCGGAUCACCUCUCAAAUGGUCGUCAAGGAGGCCGAUCGAGAUUCGUCACUGGCCGGAAAGUCUGAGCAAGGGUUCAUACUGCCUCAAAUCAUUCCGAUGGGCACAAUCACACGGCGUGCAGUGGAAAAUACCUGGCUGACUGCCUCGAACGCCAAAGCCAAUCGUGUCGGGUCAGAACUGAAGGCCAUGAUUAAGGCUCCUCCGGGAUACUGCUUUGUUGGUGCCGACGUCGACAGUCAAGAGCUGUGGAUUGCAUCGCUUGUGGGCGACGCUCAAUUCCAACUUCAUGGUGGCAAUGCUAUCGGAUUUAUGACAUUGGAAGGAACGAAAGCUGCAGGCACCGAUUUGCACUCUAAGACGGCGAAGAUCCUUGGUAUUUCCCGUAAUGACGCGAAAGUGUUCAACUAUGGUCGCAUUUACGGUGCUGGUCUCAAGUUUGCUGCCACCCUGCUCCGACAAUUCAAUCCUUCUUUAUCGGAGAAAGAAACAAACGACAUUGCAUCCAAGCUUUAUAAGGAGACGAAGGGUACUCGCACCAGACGGAAAGCGCUCGGCAGUGGUACCUUCUGGCGUGGAGGCACGGAGUCAUUCGUCUUCAACAGGCUGGAAGAGUUCGCCGAGCAAGAACGUCCGCGCACUCCUGUUCUUGGUGCUGGCAUAACUGAGGCUCUCAUGCGACGAUUCAUCAAUCAAGGCUCCUUCAUGACCUCUCGUAUUAAUUGGGCUAUUCAGUCCUCGGGUGUCGACUAUUUGCAUCUCUUGAUUGUCAGUAUGGACUACUUGAUCAAGCGUUUCAAUCUAGACGCACGCUUGGCAAUUACCGUGCAUGACGAAAUUCGAUAUCUCGUCAAGCAUGAAGACCGAUAUCGAGCAGCUCUAGCACUCCAGAUCAGCAAUCUCUGGACCAGAGCCAUGUUCAGCCAGCAGAUGGGCAUCGAGGAUCUUCCGCAAUCAUGUGCGUUCUUCUCAGCCGUCGACCUUGACCAUGUCCUACGUAAAGAGGUGGAUAUGGACUGCGUCACGCCCAGUCAUCCCGAGAAGAUCCCACAUGGCGAGAGCCUGGAUAUCAAUCAGCUUCUUGCCAGAGGUGAAGAAGCCUUCCUGGACCCUGGGAUUGUCCCAAAGACAGGCCCGAUCGAUCUGAGUCAGUACUCCUAUACUCCUCGACAGAGCGUCAUGUCUAGUCUCAGCGGCUCGAAUGACGUGGCAUAUAUCCGCGCACAGAUCACCGACGACGAAAAGGAAUUGAAGUCUAUCAUUCGGGACGUCGAGAAUGAGUCAUCAUCGACCAACGACGGCAACAAGGACGACGGGUCUAAGGGUUCGGGCUUGCCACGAGGCCGACGGCCGAAACCCAAAGUGCCUGUCCCUCCGCACGCGCAGCCUCAACGUGCCAUGCUCAUGGAAGUCGAAGACCGGUGGAGCAUGGGAUACAAUAAAGCACUGAACGGCGCGAAUCAUAAACCCUGGUUGACAGAGCGCAAAGCCCCAUUGACGAAUCGCUGGGCGAACGAUGGGUGGGAAGUGUAAGACUACAUGGACCUGGAUUGUAUGAAGUUAUGCCCAAAAUGUUGUUGCGGUUCUACAGUACGGUAUUCCACAGUGUACCUAUGUUUGGCUGAUCUAGCGCUGGCGUCUUGUUUAGUAGUUGGCCUUACUGGGAGAUGACUUGAGUCAAUCA